GGAUAAGAAAGAACCUUCAGGAAAGUCUCAUAACCUUUGUAUUUUAUAGAGGAGGAGACUGCAGCCCAAGAGAGGAGGAAGAUGCUGCUUCUCUGGGUUACUUUCCUGAUUUCCUCUUGCCUGUCAGGGGCUCAGGCAUGGGGAGGAUGGGAUUUCCAGAAUGACAGGAUCCGGAAACUUGAAGCACUAGGGAUCCAAGAGGAAAAGAAUUUAUUGGUGCUUACAGCCACAACACUGGCCAGAGUGCUGAACGAGACUCGGUUCCUAAUGGUGGAGUUCUAUAAUCCUCUAUCAAAACAAUCUCAAAAUCUGAUCAAGGAAAUGGGCAAAGCAGUGGAUAUAAUGGGAAAAGAAAAUCCUGGAGUCCUGUUUGGCAAAGUGAAUAUCACCUCAGAGAAGUUGUUGAAACAGGAGUUUGCUAUCAAUGAUGUCCCCACAGUGAAACUAUUUGUUGAAGGUCACAGACAGUGGCCCAUCGAUUGCAGAGGUGUUAUUGAAGCUGCAGCCCUCGUUACAUGGUUGCGGAAUCAAAUUAGACAGAGUAUUGUGUUGCUCACUAACCGAGAGCAGACAAAAGCCUUUAUCAACUCCAGGAAAUUGAUUGUCAUUGGCUUCUUUGAGGAUCUUCAUGAGGGAACAGUGGAACUCUUCUAUGAUCUAGUAAAAGACUUUCCAGAAGUCCCUUUUGGGAUGAUUGAAAAAAGAGAUCUUUGGAUUUGGUAUGGCAUCACCAUUGACACCAUGGUAGUAUUCCAACAGGGGAAAAUUGUGCAUUUUGAAGAAUGUGAAGAAGACAGUCAUAUCUUGAGGGACCUCAGUAAAAUAGUCAAAUUCUUCACCAUGGACUUGGUUAUAGAGUACAAUAUAGAGACCAUGGACCAGAUUUAUGAUAUGCACAUUAGGAAUCACAUCCUGCUCUUCAUCUCUAAGAACUCUACAGAAUUUGAUGCCUUAGUUAAAAUUUUUGAGUUGGCUGCUCUGGAGUUCAAGAACAAGCUCAUCUUUCUCAUUGUGAAUACAGAUGAAAUUCACAACAUCCAUGUUUUAGAAUAUUUCCAGAUCGCUUCCUGGGACAUUCCUAGUGUCCGAAUCCUAAACCUGACUAAAAGCAUGAAAUACCAAAUGCCUGCUGAUGAGAUAACCUUCAAAAACUUGAAAAACUUCUGUAAGGACUUCUUGGAUGGCCUGGCAAAGCAACAAUUAUCCAGUGAGAAUAUUCCUAAAGACUGGGAUACUAAACCUGUCAAGGUGCUUGUUGGAAAGAACUUCAAGGAGGUUGUCUUCAGUCAUAGAAGGAAUGCAUUUGUAAUGUUCUAUGCCCCAUGGUCUUAUGAGUGCAAGUCUCUGCUUCCAGUAUUAGAGGAGCUAGGCAAGAAAUAUCAGUACCAUGAAUCUGUCACCAUUGCAAAAAUUGACGUCACAGCCAAUGAUAUUCAUCAGAUGUUCCUGGAAAAAUAUCCGUUCUUCAAAUUCUUUCCAGCUAAAACUGAUUUGGUUGUACCAUAUGAUGGUGAAUAUAACCUGGAUGCCUUUAUUAACUUUGUGGAAAAAGAAAUCAAGUCUCAAAUGGAAUCAGAGGAGUGGACUUUUGAGCAAGAAGAAUCUGAUGAGAAAGAGGACCUUUCUAUUCAAGAUUGGGGGAAAAUAAAGGAAGAACUGUGACUCCUUUAAGUCUAAGAAGAAAGAUAUGCUUCAUCUGCAAAUCAUACAACACAUAGGACUAAAUCAUUUUCAAUAAAAAUAUUCUAAGGGAAAAUAUUAAUAAAGUUCCAGAAUUUUAAAAAAAUC